UUUUCAGUUUGUUUCUUACUUUGUUCAUGGUACUUAAAAGUUGUAACCAAAUUCACCAAUAUUUUGAAUGGCUUUUAUGCUUAGAAAGGCCUUGGAGGGGAGAAUUUUGAGUUGGAUUUGAUUUGCUACUGGGACACCCUGUUGAGAUGUAUAGCAGUUAUUUGAAAAUGGUCUGAGGCUUAUGAGAGAAGUCAAAGUUAGAGAUUUGGGGAACGUGUAUAGCAGCAGAAAUUUGAUGCUAUUGUGGAUAAAAUUACCGCAAAAGAGAAUGUAGAUUGAGAAAAUGAUUGAAGAUUAAACCAUGGGAACAACAAUGAAAGAAGAGAAUCCAGUAAAAGAGAUUGAGGAAUGAUCAGAAAACAGAGAAAGCAAGGCGAAGAAUCUGGAAAAUCAGAUACUGACGAAGUGUAAAUGGGGAGAGAUCUUUAAUGCUACAUCUAAGAAAGGGGGUGAAGAGAGAACAGAAGUCUUUGUCCCCUGACUUUGGAAAUCUUGUUUAACCUUCAAACUGGCGAUGUCAAGGGUUCCAAGUCCUCCACCUCCGGCAGAAAUGUCGAGUGGCCCUGUAGCUGAGAGUUGGUGCUACACACAGAUCAAGGUAGUGAAAUUCUCCUACAUGUGGACCAUCAAUAACUUUAGCUUUUGCCGGGAGGAAAUGGGUGAAGUCAUUAAAAGUUCAACCUUUUCGUCAGGAGCCAAUGAUAAACUGAAAUGGUGUUUGCGGGUAAACCCAAAAGGGCUAGAUGAAGAAAGCAAAGAUUACCUGUCACUUUACCUGUUACUGGUCAGCUGUCCAAAGAGUGAAGUUCGAGCAAAGUUCAAAUUCUCUAUCCUGAAUGCCAAGGGAGAAGAAACCAAAGCUAUGGAGAGUCAACGGGCAUAUAGGUUUGUGCAAGGCAAAGACUGGGGAUUCAAGAAAUUCAUCCGUAGAGAUUUUCUCUUAGACGAGGCCAACGGGCUUCUCCCUGAUGACAAGCUUACCCUCUUCUGUGAGGUGAGUGUGGUGCAAGAUUCCGUCAACAUUUCUGGCCAGAACACCAUGAAUAUGGUGAAGGUUCCUGAGUGCCGGUUGGCAGAUGAGUUAGGAGGACUGUGGGAGAAUUCCCGGUUCACAGACUGUUGUUUGUGUGUUGCUGGCCAGGAAUUCCAGGCUCACAAAGCCAUCUUAGCAGCUCGUUCCCCAGUUUUUAGUGCCAUGUUUGAACAUGAAAUGGAAGAGAGCAAAAAGAAUCGGGUUGAAAUCAAUGAUGUGGAGCCUGAAGUUUUUAAGGAAAUGAUGUGCUUCAUUUAUACGGGGAAGGCUCCGAACCUCGACAAAAUGGCUGAUGAUUUGCUGGCAGCUGCCGACAAGUAUGCCUUGGAGCGUUUAAAGGUCAUGUGUGAGGAUGCCCUCUGCAGUAACCUCUCCGUGGAGAAUGCCGCAGAAAUUCUCAUCCUGGCUGACCUCCACAGCGCAGAUCAGUUGAAAACUCAGGCAGUGGAUUUCAUCAACUAUCAUGCUUCAGAUGUCUUGGAGACCUCGGGGUGGAAGUCGAUGGUGGUGUCGCACCCCCACUUGGUGGCGGAGGCAUACCGCUCUCUGGCCUCGGCACAGUGCCCGUUUCUGGGACCCCCGCGCAAGCGCCUGAAGCAGUCCUAAGGUCCUGCCUGUUUUAAGACUCCGUUCGUUUUCCAGAAGCAGCAGCCACCGUUGCUGCACUGACCUGACCACCAGGUAGACAGCGCAAUCUGUGGAGCUUUUACUCUGUUGUGGGGGGAAAAGACUGCAUUGUAGCCCCAGACUUUUAAAACAGCACUAAAUAAACUUGGGGGAAAUGGGGGUGGGGGAAGGGAAGGGGCCGGGACUCGGGGCUGUUCAACCUAAUGAAAACCCUGUUGCUGCGUCACUGUGUUCCUCUGGCCUGGCGGAGUUUGAUACUGUGGGGAUUCAGCUUAGGCGCUGGCCUUGAGGACAUCCCCGCGGUGGUACUUUGGAGAAACCUGUCUGCAUCUGACUGAGCAGAACAAAUCAUCAGGUGCCUGGAGCAAAAAGAAAAUUUAAAAAGGACAUUUAGUUUUAAGAGAAGGGAAAAGGAAAGAAGAAAGGAUUUUUGCAGAAUUUCUCAAAAAUCAAUUUGUGGAUUCCAGUACCAGUAGUAUUUAUGUUGAGAGAAAUUUUAGUCCAUCCAGCUGUGCUAAAACUUGGAUAUUUGCGAAAACUCCUCACCACCAUGCAAGUAUCAGAAGAGCUCUCUUGUUAGCACUUAUUGUUUGCAAGAACAGCAUAUGUCCUGUUAUCCUUUUAUGAAAAAUGACAAGCGGAGGUGAAAGGGGAAGGAGGUUAUUUGAUCCAGAAGAUGAAUAUUCUGAUGUGGUCGCUUUUGCAAAAAAAUCUUUAUUGGUGUUGAAAACUGGAAAAAAUAAUUCAUCAGAAUUCAUACUGUCUUGACAAGAACUAUGAUUCUCUGUUUUUAGAUAUUGUGGAAAAUGUUUUUUGGCAUUUUUCUCUGAUUUUAUUUCUUCUCCCCCCUCCUUUUCUAAAAAAAAAACAAAACAAAACACACACACACACACACACACAAAACAAAAACAGCAAAAAGAAGAGAAAAGGAAAUUUUAUUAUUAAUGCUGUAUGAAAAAACUCCCAGCCCAGAUUGCUCAGCUGUCCGUACCUGACUUGCCACCUGCAUAGGAGCCAGUCCUGUUCCUUCCAAUUUGCCCCCUUCCUGCAGGGGAGAACUUCCAAAUGUUAAUUUUUUUUCUUUUUGAAAAUAUAAAUAAUUACUAUUUUGUA